AUGUCAACAAUAGGUGCGGCCGCUGCGCGAGCAGCAACCAGGACAGCUACGUCUGCUCUGCGUCCUCAUUCAUCUCGAGCUCUUCGGUUCGCUCGACCCUCCUAUACACCUCUGGUCGCACACCAGAUCACUUCGCGACGGACAUACUCGUCUCCCUCGGAAUCCUAUGCCUCUACAAGGUCGACCGUAGUGCAGUUGCUCAGUAACAUUGGGUCUAAGAGAGAAGUUCAGCAGUACUUGUCACAUUUCACGUCAGUCUCCUCACAGCAGUUUGCCGUUAUCAAGGUCGGCGGAGCUAUCUUGACCGAACACCUCAAGACCCUCUCCUCCGCUCUGGCCUUUCUGAAUCACGUCGGUCUCUACCCGGUCGUGGUGCAUGGUGCGGGUCCUCAGUUGAACAAGAUCCUAGAAGAUUCGGGGGUCGAGCCACACUUUGAAGAUGGAAUCCGGGUGACGGAUCCGAAGACAUUGGGCAUUGCGCGAGCGUUGUUUUUGGAGGAGAACCUGCGUUUGGUGGAAGAGCUUGAGCGUCUCGGCGUUCGAGCAAGACCAAUCACCUCGGGGGUCUUCACCGCGGACUACCUCGACAAGGAGAAAUACAACCUCGUGGGCCAGAUCAAGCGUGUUGACAAGAAGCCCAUCGAAGCUGCAAUCCACGCUGGCUGCCUUCCAAUCUUGACCUCGAUGGCCGAGUCAGAGGAGGGUCAGGUCCUGAACGUCAAUGCGGACGUUGCCGCGGGCGAACUAGCUCGAGCCCUUCAGCCGCUCAAGAUUGUCUACCUCUCCGAGAAAGGUGGACUAUUCAAUGGAGAUACAGGGGAGAAAAUCUCCGCCAUCAACCUGGACGAGGAGUACGACCACCUCAUGACCCAGUGGUGGGUGCGACACGGUACGAGGCUUAAGAUCAAGCAGAUGCGAGAGCUCCUGAUGGACUUGCCUCGCAGCUCAAGUGUUGCCAUCAUUCACCCUGCAGAUCUUCAGAAGGAGCUAUUCACGGAUUCUGGUGCGGGCACUUUGAUCCGCCGAGGCAACAAAGUCCAUGUCAACACCUCCAUUGACCAGUUCAAGGACAUCGACCAAUUGAAGGAAGUUCUCAUUCGCGACCGUGCUGGACUCGAUGCCCGUGCCGUCGUCGACCGAUACGUCCAAACACUUCGAAACCGGGAAUUCAAGGCCUACUUUGACGAGCCCAUGGAAGCCUUAGGUAUCGUGCUGCCGCCCAACGGUGAAACUUCGCUGGCUCACUUGGCCACGUUGACCAUCACGAAAAAUGGAUGGCUGACCAAUGUGGCGGACAACAUCUUCACUUCCAUCAAGAAAGACUUCCCGAAGUUGAUGUGGACUGUCAAGGAGGACGACGAGAAUCUGACCUGGUUCUUUGAUAAGGCCGAUGGUAGCCUGUGCAAAGAUGGUGAAGUCCUCUUCUGGUAUGGUCUGGAGACUAGUGACGAGGUCAAGGAUUUGAUGGUCGAAUUCACAAAGCAUGGCCGACAGAUGUUUGGCGAUUUCAACCUCGAGUCAAGACUGCAACGAGCUGCAAGGGCCGCCGCCCAACUAGCCAGCAAUGCGGCCAAAUCGGCAGGAUUGUCCCAGAAGCGAGGGUUCUCCACGCAAGCCAAUCCUCUGAGGGCAGCAAGACAGACCAGAUAUGUGGCUAAACCCGCCAUUUCUGUUCGCACGUAUGCCACAACGAACCCCAACCCUCCUCUUGGUGCGAAGAACAGCUCAAACGACAAGCCUUCGAGAGUCGCCUUGAUUGGAGCAAGAGGUUACACCGGCAAGGCGUUGGUGGAUCUCCUCAACCGCCAUCCUCAUUUGGACCUCCGUCAUGUUUCAUCUCGGGAGCUUGUGGGUCAGAAGCUUAGUGGCUAUGACAAGCGUGAGAUAAUCUACGAGAAUCUGAGUGUGGAAGACGUCCGACAAAUGGAGGAGAACGGAGAUGUCGAUUGCUGGGUCAUGGCUUUGCCCAAUGGCGUAUGCAAGCCCUUUGUCGAUGCCAUUGACCAGGCGGGCAAGAACAGCCUCGUUAUCGACCUGAGUGCCGAUUACAGGUUCGACCCUGCCUGGACCUAUGGUCUUCCUGAGCUUGUCGACCGAUCCGACAUUGCUCAAGCCACAAGGAUUUCCAACCCCGGAUGUUAUGCCACGGCCGCUCAGCUUGGCAUUGCACCGUUGGUGCCAUAUCUUGGAGGCCAGCCAACCGUUUUUGGAGUCUCGGGCUAUUCAGGCGCCGGCACAAAGCCCAGUCCUAAGAACGACGUCAACAACCUGACCGAUAACAUCAUUCCUUACAGUCUGACAGACCACAUCCACGAACGCGAGAUCUCUACCCGGCUGGGAACCCCCGUGGCUUUCAUCCCUCACGUCGCGGUUUGGUUCCAAGGCAUUCACCACACCAUCAACAUCCCGCUGAAAGAGGAGAUGACAUCGCGCGACAUUAGAAACUUGUACCAAGAUCGUUACGCCGGGGAGAAGCUGGUCAAGAUCAUCGGUGAGGCUCCUCUGGUGAAGAACAUUGCCCAUCGUCAUGGUGUAGAAAUCGGUGGAUUUGCAGUUCACUCCAGUGGCAAGCGAGUGGUGGUCUGCGCCACGAUUGAUAACCUCUUGAAGGGCGCCGCUACACAAUGUCUACAAAACAUGAACCUGGCUCUCGGCUACGGAGAAUACGAGGGAAUUCCACUUCCAUGA